AUGUCUGGCACAAGAGAACAGGUCUUCCCUACGCGUAUGACGCUAGGGUUGAUGAAAACGAAGCUAAAAGGUGCAAACCAGGGUUAUUCGCUGUUAAAACGUAAGUCUGAGGCUUUGACCAAGCGGUUUCGUGAUAUUACGAAGCGAAUUGAUGAUGCCAAGCAAAAGAUGGGUCGUGUUAUGCAAACUGCCGCGUUUUCGUUAGCAGAAGUCUCGUACGCAACAGGUGAGAACAUAGGAUACCAAGUGCAAGAAAGUGUUUCUAAUGCUAGAUUCAAGGUUAAAGCUCGCCAAGAGAAUGUUAGUGGUGUUUACCUACCACAAUUCGAGUCGUAUAUUGAUGCCAAUAUCAAUGAUUUCAAAUUGACGGGUCUGGGACGUGGUGGUCAACAAGUCCAGCGUGCCAAGGAGAUUUACUCCAAAGCUGUGGAGACCUUGGUGGAAUUGGCUUCAUUACAGACCGCAUUUAUCAUCCUGGAUGAAGUUAUCAAAGUGACAAAUAGAAGAGUCAAUGCUAUUGAGCAUGUCAUUAUCCCAAGAACCGAGAACACCAUUGCUUACAUCAACAGUGAAUUGGAUGAAUUGGACAGAGAAGAGUUUUAUAGAUUGAAGAAGGUGCAAGAGAAGAAACAGCUCGAGACAGCUCGAUUAGAUGCUGAGAUGAAAGAGGCGAAAUUGGCUAAGCAACAACAGCAAGAAGGAUCACACAAUGAAGUGAAUAAAGACGAUGACACUGCGGCUGAUGCCCAAUCUGCAACGGUCGUAGAAGAACAAGAGGAAGAUGUCAUAUUUUAG